AUGGCCGUUGGAUUACUCUUGUGGCUCAGAUUGGACUUAUGUCAUGACCCAAAACCAAGUGAGGGUUCGUCGGCUCUUCCUUCCAAUGUAGUCAAGGUUUCUAUAUUCAUCCAAGUUUUAAUCUUUCUCAAAGUUCUCAACACAUGCCUUCCUGCUCGAAAGGUGUUAAAACCCCAAAGCAGGUGUGAGAUGGCGUCCUUCCUGAAUGCGCCAGCCAAUUGUAUCUCUGUUCAGCCACAAAAGCUCACACUGUUGGCUCCAACUGGGACCAGUCGAGGACUGGCUACUACUUGCAGUUUCCCCUUGAUCCAAAGACCUGUGAAGAAGAAGAAGAUGAUGAUGAUGACCCCAAAGAUGUCCGUUUCAGCCGCCGUGCCCCUUGAGAACCCUACUUUGCAAUCAUCGGUAAACGGUUGUAGUGGUAAGAUGGGGAAGGCCAUUAUCACUGCAGCGGAGUCUGCAGGACUUAAUGUGGUUCCCUUUUCCUUUGGAUCUGCCCAAGAGUGUGGCCAAACCGUCCAAAUUGGCACAAAGGACAUUCUAGUGCAUGGUCCUUUUGAAAGAGAAACCACACUUAAAUCUCUUCGUUUGAUUGUGGUUGACUUCACUGUCCCUUCUGCAGUAAACGAUAAUGCAGAGCUAUAUUGCAGAGUUGGAGUGCCCUUUGUGAUGGGAACAACUGGUGGGGAUAGGGAUCGGUUAUAUAAGACCGUAGAAGAGUCAAAAGUCUGUGCAGUAAUAUCUCCUCAAAUGGGAAAACAGGUCGUAGCAUUUCUUGCAUCUAUGGAAAUUAUGGCUGAGCAAUUUCCUGGAGCUUCUGGGUAUUCCCUGCAGGUGAUGGAAUCCCAUCAAGCAAGUAAACUUGACACAUCUGGUACUGCCAAGGCUGUUAUUUCAAGCUUCCAGAAGUUGGGAGUGUCCUUCGAUAUGAAUCAGAUCCAAUUGAUAAGGGAUCCCCAGCAACAGCUAGAGAUGGUGGGAGUUCCAGAGGAGCAUUUGUCUGGUCAUGCAUUUCAUAUGUAUCACCUGACUACACCUGAUCAAACGGUCUCUUUUGAGUUUCAGCAUAACGUUUGUGGUAGAUCAAUAUAUGCAGAAGGUACAGUUGAUGCUGUAAUUUUCCUUGCUAAGAAGGUUCAUUCAAAGGCAGACAAGAGGAUAUACAAUAUGAGAGAUGUUCUGCGAGAGGGUAACAUGCGGUGAUAGUUGCUUGCAUGCGAAGGGUUUGGUUGUUUGUUGAUUAGCUUGAGAAGUUAGGAUGUUGGUUGGAAGAUCUUGGUAGAGGAAGAUAUGGAAUGAAGCUGAGAGGAGCAGUUUUGACUUUUUUCGUUUAGAGAAUAUGAAAAGGUUCUUGCUCGUGUUUUAAAAAACUGUGAGAAUAUGUGAAGCAUACUAUGUUUUUGUCAUGUACUCUAAUAUAUAUGUCUUCUAUGUUAAGUUGUUGCGAAGUUUAAUUGAUGGGACAUUUCUAUUGUAAACAGCCAGUUUCCCUUCAAAAACAAGGGAUCCAACAGGCCAAGGUUUGGGAAUAUGAGGAUCUCCAUGCUGAUUGAGGAAA